AUGACGGCAGAAACGGGUUUUAUCCCCACCGGGUUCCCUUUUGCGUUAGAGAGGACUCAUUCGUGGGUAUGGGCUGUUGGUGCUGGGGCAGUGGUGAUAUUCGUGCUCUAUCUUACACAGCGCAUUGCUCAUGGAAGACUCGCCCAAGCUCAUGGAUGUCAAGCACCCGCACGGUAUGCCCACCGGGACCCUUUUCUCGGAUUGGACUCCUUGCGGGACUCUAUGCAGGCGAGGAAAUCCGAUAAAUAUUUUCGAAGAGAGCAGCAACUGCACCGAGUAUAUGGCAACACAUUCAUGUCGCUGCUAUUAGGCAGCUGGAUGGUGAAUACAAUUGAGCCAAAGAACCUUGAAGUUCUCUUUUCUACUAAAUUUACCGAUUACGAGGUUGGAUUCCGACGUCGGAAUGCGUUUGCUCCCUUGUUUGGCAAGAGCAUCUUUCAGAGCGAUGGAGCGCGUUGGCAAACAUUACGAUCACAGCUACAAUUAUGCUUCUCGCGGGUACAAACCUCUCAGUUGGAUCUCCUGGAGCGUCACUGUCAGCGUCUCCUGACAGCCCUUCCUCCCGACAACCAAAACUUCGAUUUGGCCCUUUUCCUCCAUCGCUUUGCUGCCGAUGUUUCAACAGACUUCCUUUUUGGAGAAUCAAUCAAUUCUCUCGAGAACCCCCGGAACCUGGACAGCGGAGCCUUGAAGGCUUUUGCCGACACCCAUAGCACCUGCGAGCUUCGAUGGCUACUGGGAUCCAUGUCAUGGAUCUGGCCUCAGCGUACAUUCAUGAAAAAUGUUCGCUUGACCCACCGCUUCAUCCAACGAUACGUUGAUGCGGCGUUGCAACGGGAAGUCGCGCCACCAGCAAAAGUUUCAGAUCAACCAAACGAGCAGCGGAUUCUGUUCAUCGACCAACUUCGACAACGAACGCAGGAUCCCACGGCACUUCGGGACGAGCUGACAACAUUAUAUUUUGCAGGGACGGAUGCCCCUGCCGCUUUGCUUAUCAACCUGUUCUUUGUGUUCUCCAAAAGACCGGAUGUGUGGAAUCGUGUACGCUCCGAGGUCCAGUCUCUGGCAGGGAAACUCCCCGACCUUCAGCAGCUCAAGGGCCUCCGAUACGUGCAGGACUGCAUCCGCGAAUGUCUUCGCCUUUAUCCGCCUCAGCCCUCCAAUUCGCGUGUUGCCGUACGAGACACCAUUCUUCCCGUUGGCGGUGGUCCAGAUGGAAGUUCGCCUGUCCUAGUGCCGAAGGGUAUGAUGGUUCACCUUUCAGUGUAUGCGCUUCACCAUCGGAAGGACCUCUGGGGUGAGGACGCGGAUGAGUUCCACCCGGAACGAUGGUCCUAUGAAAAGCAAACAUGGAAAUAUAUCCCGUUCCUCGGCGGUCCCCGAAAUUGCGUAGGGAUGGACUUUGGUCUAAAUGAAGUUGCGUACGCCGUGGUACGAAUGGCGCAAAACUUCAAGACCAUCGCCAGUGUCGAUCCAGACGAAUGGGUGGAGGGGUCCAGCAUCGCGCUGGAGUCGAAAAACGGCCAAUGGAGUCUGUUGAAUGAAUUGUUGCGCGGUGCCGCCGGGGAUUUGGUCCUCAAUGGUAGCGGACUAGAUAUUCCUCAUGUGGUUUACAUUGCCAGAUAUGCAGGCAAUGUGAGCAUAAACCCUGCUUCCUACGAAUCAAUUAACCAGAGCCAUGCUGCCAUUGCCAAGAGCCUUUCCCAAGGGAACGUCAUCUACGGAGUGAACACUGGGUUCGGAGGCUCAGCAGAUAUACGCGCAAACGACGUCCUAGCACUGCAGCGCGUCUUAACCCGCGAACUAAGCUAUGGCCUAUUACCCCCAGGGGCGCGUGAUCCUCGCCCUUCAUCUGAUCCCCAGAAGUCCGCAUAUCAGGCGUUCGAUCUGAGUCUCGAACAUGCAGCCGAGUCUCAGCACCUGCCGCUUCCUUGGGUGCGGGCUGCAGUCUUACUGCGUCUAAACUCGCUGGUCAAAGGCCACUCGGGUGUCCGGCCCGUCAUCGUAGAUCGCUUACGGGAUCUUCUUUCGAAGAAUAUCAUCCCCAUGGUUCCGAUGCGGGGGAGUAUCUCUGCGUCGGGAGAUUUGAGUCCUAUCGCGUAUAUUAGCGGUGUACUUCAGGGCAAGCCAACUAUUCGAGUCUUCCGUCCAGGCAAUGGACGCGAUGUAUACGCCGACGAGGCUCUUGCGGAGGCCGGUGUGGAACCGAUAUCCCUGACAGCCAAAGAGGGUCUCGCGAUCGUCAAUGGAACGGCCAUGUCGGCGGCGUGCGCCACGCUCGUGCUACACGACACACACCAGCUGGCCAUGUUGGGACAAAUCCUGACGGCGAUGACGGUGGAAGCACUGCUAGGCUCGCCAGAGAGCUUCGACCCCUUCUUCGCGGACGUGCGUCCGCACCCAGGACAGAUCGAGAGCUCACGCAACAUCCGGGUGUUCCUACGUGGGUCUCGACUCGCGCAGCAGAAAGACGGCAAGGAUGGGUCGCUCCGCCAGGAUCGAUAUUCAAUCCGCACCGCGGCGCAGUGGAUCGGGCCCGUGCUCGAAGAUCUGCUACUAGCUCACCAGCAAAUGAGCAUCGAGUGCAACUCGGCCACCGAUAACCCGCUUGUCAACGGCGACGGACAGUUCCUGCAUGGCGGCAACUUCCAGGCCAAGGCCGUCACCUCGUCCAUGGAGAAGAGUCGUCAGGCUGUACAGGCUAUUGGCCGCAUGCUCUUCACCCAGUGUCAGGAGAUGAUCAACCCCGCCACCAGCUGGGGUCUGCCGCCGAACCUGGUUGCAGAUGAACCCAGCCAGUCCGGUAUCUUCAAGGCCAUCGACAUUUACAUCUCGGCCUUGACCUCCGAGCUUGGGUUCCUGGCGGGCCCCGUUAACCAUGUCUACAAUGCUGAGCUGGGCAACCAGUCGUUGAACUCGCUGGCUCUGAUCUCCGGUCGGUACACUGCGACGGCCGUGGGUGUGCUUACAGAGCUCGUCGCAGCGCAUCUGCUUUCCGCGUGUCAGGCGCUGGAUCUCCGUGCCAUGCAGUUGCAAUUCUUAGACGGAGUCAAGCCUGAGUUCUUCACCCGCACUGCCUCAAUGGCGGAAAAGCAAGGUCUGAACGCCACAGACGCUGGCAAGAACCUCCCAAGCACGCUAUGGGCCCAUCUCCAGAAAGGAUUAGAACAGACCGUCUCAAUGGACAGUGUAGAUCGGUUCCCUCACAUAGCCAAGACUAUGCGCGUCCCUAUUCUAGAUUGUGUGCCGUCUCAAAGUGUCAACCUUGGAGAUAUGCAGUCGUUCAUUGACCAGCUCGGCCCCUGGCUCCACGAAGCAUGGUGCACCAACCGGGACGCCUACCUGGUCCAUGGCGAUGCCAGUCCCAUGCUAGGAGACGGCUCGAAGAAAAUGUAUCUCUUCGUACGGACGACUCUCGGAGUGCCGAUGUUGUGUACGAGGAGGAUUUUGACGCCCACUGCGGAGGCGAUGGCUACCGGACAGGUGGAGGAGGCGCCCACGGUGGGCGGAUAUACAAGUCUCAUUUAUCGGGCCAUUCAGCGAGGUGAAUUCUUGCCGGUUAUCCAGGAGCUGCUGGAGGAGUGUUUGACGAAGGAGGAGCUGGAGUGGUAG